AUGUCCUCUGCACAAGGUUCCAUUACCAGGAUCUCCAUCGACAAAUUUGAUGGGGACAAGUUCGCGACGUGGAGCCGCUACAUGUGCGGCGUGUCCCAGACCAAGUCGACGUGGCAUGUGGUCAACCGAGAGACGACGCCAAACUUCUUGAAUCCCCGCGACAGUGACGAUUAUAUCAAGACGAAAAACAGUUCGCUCGGACUGAUGUUACUGCACAUGAACGCCGACUUCCAUCAUAUGGUUGAUGAAAGCAAAAUAGCAUGGGUCGCGUGGGUGCGUUUGAAGACACUGUAUGAUGAGCAGCGCAAACUGCAACCGCGCGACGCUGUCAACGUUUUGACGAACGAUCACAUCAAGCGUCAAGGUGCCAAGUCUGCGGCGGUGAAGACUGAAGAAGUGACCAAGGCCUUCAGUACCGAGCGCGAGGUUCGUCGAUGCUCGUUCUGCGGAAAUUGGGGAGAAGUGGAACGUUGCUGGACCAAGCAGAAGGAAUAA